UCAGACCCGGCCAUUAGUUUCCACUCAAUCAAGUGAAAUGAAAACAGUGCUUCUCGACUUUAGCGAGUGUUGUAUCCUUAAAAUCAAAAAAGCUAACUACUAUAAAAGUGAAAUAAGCUAGUUUUCGAACGGAAAAUUCACCCAUUCUGAACACAACGAAGAAAAAUUUAAUCAAAAAUUUCAAAAGGCUUCAGAAAAAUCUAUUAAAAAUUCUACCCCAAAAUGCCUCAGGUUAUUGAGCAAUUCACUAAGCUCCCGACGGCUCUCGGUUGCUCACCAAAACUACGCCUGUCGGUUUCUAAUCGUGUUCGCGGAGCACCCAUCGUCAAUGGACACGUCGUCCAGUUAUCGGCCAAGAUACGAAUGUUUGUCGAGGAAUCCGUUGCCCUGUGUAAGCCGGAUCGCAUCCACAUUGUCGACGGUGGCGAAGAGGAAAGUACCAUUCUGUUGGAUACACUUCAACGGCUUGGUACCAUUCAAUCACUACCGAAAUACGACAACUGCUGGCUAGCCCGUACCAAUCCCGCGGAUGUGGCUCGUGUUGAAUCCAAAACUUUUAUUUGUACCGAACGCCGCGAACAAGCUAUUCCUACCCCGAAAGAGGGCGUCCAGGGAACCCUCGGUAACUGGAUUUCCCCUGAUGACUAUGAUACUGCCAUUCGAUCUCGUUUCCCGGGAUGUAUGCAGGGACGUACCAUGUACGUGGUUCCAUUUUCAAUGGGGCCAAUUGAUUCUCCGCUGUCCAAGUUCGGUAUCGAGAUUACUGAUUCGGCCUACGUUGUCUGUUCGAUGCGUAUCAUGACCCGUAUGGGUUUACAAGUACUGGAAAAGCUUUCUGAUAACUCGGAUUUCAUCAAGUGCUUGCACUCUGUAGGAACCCCACUCAGCGGUAAGCUAACGAUGCCUUCCUGGCCGUGUGAUCCGGAACGAACCAUCAUCUUGCAUAAACCAGCGAAAAAUGAGAUCGUUUCCUACGGAUCCGGUUACGGAGGAAACUCACUGCUUGGCAAGAAGUGCUUCGCCCUUCGCAUCGGAUCCACAAUCGCCCAACGCGAAGGAUGGCUAGCCGAACACAUGCUGAUUCUUGGUGUUACCGAUCCAAAUGGUGUGAAGAAAUACAUCGCUGCCGCCUUCCCGUCUGCUUGUGGUAAAACAAACUUAGCCAUGAUGAACCCCACUCUACCGGGAUAUACGAUGGAAUGUGUUGGCGAUGACAUCGCAUGGAUGAAAUUCGACUCCAAAGGACAGCUUCGAGCGAUUAAUCCGGAGAAUGGUUUCUUCGGAGUGGCCCCCGGAACAUCCAUGGAGACCAACCCGAACGCAAUGCAAACCGUGUAUAAGAACACAAUCUUCACUAACGUAGCAACAACCUCCGACGGAGGUGUUUUCUGGGAAGGUAUGGAGAAAGAAAUUGCUAUCGACGUAGAAAUCACCGAUUGGCUCGGUCAGCCAUGGAAGAUGGGUGAAUCCAAAACACCUGCAGCUCAUCCGAACUCAAGAUUCUGCGCCCCAGCUGGCCAAUGUCCCAUCAUCGAUCCAGCCUGGGAAGGUAAGGAAGGUGUUCCUAUUUCGGCCAUCCUGUUUGGAGGACGCCGGCCAGAGGGAGUACCACUGGUCUACGAAGCCAACUCCUGGAGUCAUGGUGUAUUCGUUGGAUCGGCAAUGCGCAGUGAAACAACCGCUGCUGCCGAGCACAAGGGUAAGGUCAUUAUGCACGAUCCCUUCGCAAUGCGACCAUUCUUCGGUUACAACUUUGGUGAUUAUAUCAAACACUGGCUGAGCAUGGAACAGCGUGCGGCUAAAGUGGGCGGACAUAUGCCAAAGAUCUUCCACAUUAACUGGUUCCGCAAGGAUGCUAAGGGAAAAUUCCUCUGGCCAGGAUUUGGCGAUAACAGUCGUGUUAUUGAUUGGGUUCUUCGGCGCGUGGAUGAGUGCGAUUGCUAUAAGGACACCCCAAUUGGUCGCAUUCCCGCACCGGGAGCAAUCAACCUAGAAGGAUUGAGCAGCCCGGUGAACGAAAAAGAGUUAUUCCACAUCCCCAAGGACUUCUGGAUGAAGGAGGUCGAAGAUAUCAAGCAGUACUACGACAACCAACUGCCGCACGAUCUACCCGCAGAGAUCGCGCAGCAGCUGGUGGAUUUGAAGAGACGCCUGGAGCGGAUGUGAAUUGUUCAUAGAUUUAGUUUAGUUUUUUAGUCAGUUAUUCGUUAGAUUGGCAUGCCACUUUUUCUUCUCUCUUGUUUUAGCAAUAAAUGAAGCCUUUUGAAGUA